AUGGUAAAUAAGGGCGUUGAGGUUCAAGCUGCUGUACAACUAGUGACAUAUAACAGGAUAUCUGAUGGUACCCUAGCAUCAGACUUAUUAAAAGACUUCUGCAGCCAAUCCUUGCAGCCACUUCUGAAGGCACAGCAGUUGGCCUCUGCUGUCGCCGGUGUGAUGUCAGGAGGCACGCCGGCCCUCGGACAGCCUGUCCUCAUCCGCUUCAGCAUGGCCAGACGGCUAGGAGGGCAGCAAGGACCUGUCCUCACACUGCCCACUGCGAAUCUCACCGACAUCCAAGGCCUGGUAGCAGCAGCUGCGGCUGGAGGCAUUAUGACUCUGCCACCGCAAACUCUACGAGAUAACCCACUGUGUUCCUGUGUCAGUUUCAUUGAAGCAACCACCCAGUUUGUGGUACAGCAGCUCUCGCAAACUACUACACUAAAUACUGCUAUUGAAUGUCUGGGGGGCCGCCCCCUGGGCCGGGCCUCGUAUCAGGUGCCCCCGCCCCGCCCGGCCCGAGGGGAGGACCCGAGGCUGCCUCUCGCCCCUCAGGUCGAUGCCAUUAAGAUCAAGGAUGCCAAGAAACCCUCUUCCCCAUGGUUUGGCAUGGACAUCGGGGUAACUCUGGUAAAGCUCUCAUAUUUUGAACCUAUCGAUAUCACAGCAGAGGAAGAACAAGAAGAAGUUGAGAGCUUAAAAAGUAUCUGGAAAUAUCUGACUUCUAAUGUAGCCUGUGCAUCCACUGGUAUUCGGGAUGCACGCCUUGAACUAAAAGAUUUAACACUUUUUGGCCGGAGAGGGAACCUGCACUUUAUCAGAUUUCCAACCCAGGACCUGCCUGCUUUUAUCCAAAGGGGAAGAGCGAAAAACUUCUCAACACUACACACGGUGCUACGUGCUACAGGAGGUGGUGCUGACAAGUUUGAAAACGGUUUUCGCACAGCUGGAAACCUCCACCUGCACAAACUGGAUGAACCUGACUGCCUUGUAAAGGGCUUGCGGUACACAGAUUCUGUCAGUUUCAAUGGACAGGCAGAGUGCUAUUAUUUUGCUAAUGCCUCAGAACCUGAGAGAUGCCAAAAGAUGCCUUUCAACCUGGCUGAUCCCUAUCCACUGCUGGCAGUAAACAUUGGUUCCAGGGUCAGUAUUUUAGCAGUCCAUUCCAAAGACAACUAUAAACAAGUAACCGGGACAAGCCUUGGAGGGGGUACCUUUCUGGGUUUAUGUAGUUUAUUGACUGGCUGUGAAAGUUUUGAAGAGGCUCCUGAAAUGGCAUCCAAAGGUGAGAGCACCCAAGCUGACAAGCUGGUCCGUGAUACUUAUGGAGGAGAUUUUGAAAGAUUUGGUCUGUCUGGUUGGGCUGCAGCAUCUAGUUUUGGGAAUAUGAUUUAUAAGAAGAAACGAGAAUCUGUUGGUAAAGAAGAUAUAGCAAGAGCUACAUUAGUUACUAUCACCAACAACAUUGGUUCUGUGGCAGGAAUGUGUGCUGUUAAUGAGAAAAUAAACAGAGUUGUCUUUGCUGGAAACUUACGUGUCAGUUCUCUCUCGAUGAAGCUUUUGGCAUAUGUCCUGGAUUACUGGUCAAAAGGUCAACUGAAAGUACUGUUUCUAGACCAUGAGGGGUGUUCUGGAGCAGCUGGUGCACUUCUUGGGCUGCCAAAUUUCAGCUAA